ACAAUCAGCUGAUGAUAGCAUUUAUAGGUUAAGUUAAAGUAUUUUAAAAACCUUUGCAUUUUAAUUCCCCGCGUAUAAACGUGCCUUUGGAAGUGUUUCGGUUAAAAUGGAGACGAGCGAAUUUUGCAAUUAUCGAUCGCCAUUAAGCACCAGAUAUGCGAGUAAGGAGAUGCAGUAUAAUUUUAGUGAUCAAAGAAAAUUUUCCACUUGGAGACAAUUAUGGGUUAAUUUGGCGAAGGCUCAAAAAGAAUUGGGUCUUCAUAUCACCGAUGACCAGAUUGCCGAAAUGGAAUCAAACAUAAACAACGUUGAUUUUGAAGCUGCAGCUGCCGAAGAAGCCUUAACUAGGCACGAUGUAAUGGCCCACGUUCACGUUUUCGCGAAGCUCUGCCCCAAAGCAGCCCCCAUCAUACAUCUUGGCGCAACCUCCUGCUUUGUAGGGGACAAUACCGACCUAAUGAUUUUAAAGGACGGCUUGGACAUCCUGCUCACACGGCUCGCUGGUGUGAUUAGGAAUCUUUCAUUAUUUUCAGAGGAAUACAAAUCUCUUCCAACACUUGGAUAUACACACCUCCAGCCGGCGCAGAUGACGACCGUUGGCAAAAGGGCCACCUUAUGGAUUGCAGACUUUCUUAUGGACGAACGCGCAAUCUCGCGCGCUAGAGACGACCUUAGAUUUCGAGGUACCAAGGGCACGACCGGAACGCAAGCCUCUUUCAUGCAGUUGUUCAACGAAAAUUCCGCCAAAGUCAAGGCGCUCGACAAGCGCGUCGCCGAACUCUCCGGUUUUAGGCAGACGUACCCGGUGACGGGCCAAACCUAUUCGCGCAAAGUUGACAUUGAAGUAAUAGCCGCGCUAUCGAGCCUGGGGGCAACCGUGCACAAAAUGUGCAGCGAUCUAAGGCUGCUGGCGCAUAAGAAAGAGAUCGAGGAACCCUUCGAGAAGACGCAAAUCGGAAGCUCCGCCAUGCCCUACAAACGCAAUCCGAUGCGCUCGGAACGGUGCUGCGCGUUAGCGCGCCACCUCAUGGCCUUGUACUCCAAUGCCGCCAACACGCACGCGGUGCAAUGGCUAGAACGAACCCUAGACGAUUCGGCCAACAGGCGCAUCACCCUCGCCGAAGCUUUCCUAAGUGCUGACGCCAUUCUACUCACAGCCCUCAACAUCACCUCCGGCCUCGUCGUUUACCCCAAAGUCAUACACCGCCACAUCCUCCAGGAGCUCCCAUUCAUGUGCUCCGAGAACAUCAUCAUGGCAAUGGUCAAGGAGGGCGGCGAUCGACAGGUUUGCCACGAGAAAAUUCGCGUUCUUUCGCAAGAAGCCGCCGCCGAGGUGAAACAGCACGGCAAGGAUAACGAUUUGAUCGAGCGCAUCAAAAACGACGGGUAUUUUGCUCCGAUUUUAAACCAUUUGGAUAAGAUUUUAGAUGCCAACACUUUCAUUGGGAGAGCUGACGAGCAGGUGGUUGAAUUUUUAGAGGACGAGGUCAGGCCGGUUUUGGAGCGUUACAGUGAUAGGUUGAUGUCUAUGAAGGCACCUUCCUUAAAUAUCUAAGAUUCGAUAUGACCAAAGAUGUACACCUUGUAUAAAUAAAUAAAUAAUUUUGCAACUGUA